GAAGGCUCACACUUUAUCAGAAAGUCGUGGCUUGAGGGGACAAGGGGUCGGAGAGCCAAGGAGACCCCUAGAUUAGAAGCUCGAGAAGAGAGAGAAAGAGUGAGACUAUACUCUUUUUUGGAUCAACUAUGAAGUCAUUCGCUUUAGGAGUGUGUCUGUGUUUACUGAGCGCAGUUUUCAGCGCUCGGAUAAAACCAGAUUUUGCCCGGAGAGAGGCCGAGAUUGUGGGACGCCUCCUGGAGUUGUCCAAGAAUGAAACCUUCCUCAGGCUUUACCAGGAUACCUUUCUGGGCGAACCACAGUGCAUGAACUCAGACCCGGUGAUGUGAAGCUGGUCGCUGCGCUGGGAGACUCGCUCACGGCAGGGAGAGGUUCUUCAGGAGGUAUCGUAGGACUAUUGAUUGAUUACAGAGGUUUAUCCUGGAGCGUUGGUGGCGAUGGCUCGAUCGAAGACACAAGGACUCUCGCAAACGUUCUUCGGCAAUACAACCCGGAUCUCAAAGGCUUUUCUACAGGUGUGGGGGGUCCCAACAGUGAUGCCGCUCAUCUCAACGUCGCCGUGACCGGGGAUGAAUCCCACGAACUCAUGGCCCAGGCAACGGAUCUUGUGGACAAGCUACAAUCUGACUCCAGUGUAGACUUCAACAACGACUGGAAGGUCAUCACGGUGUUCAUAGGGGGCAAUGAUCUCUGUGCAGCUUGCACGGACGAGGCGAAGUACAGCGUGGAAAAGUAUAAGGAAAACCUCCAGGAGACCCUGGACUACCUCCACAGCAACGUGCCCAGAGCCUUCGUCAACCUGGUCGAGGUGCUAAAUAUAGAGAUAGCCAAGGACCUGGCGGAGGGGCUGGUGUGUCAGGCCAUCCACGGCUUUCUGUGCACCUGUGCAACCAAUCCGAGCAGCCCAGAAGCAGAACAACAGUUGGUGGAACUCAAGAACCAGUACCAGGGGGCAGCACGCGACCUCGCCUCCUCUGGCCGCUAUGACACCAAGGAUGACUUCACCGUCGUUUUGCAACCGUUUUACCGCGACACCUACCUGCCGUACAAGCCUGAUGGUACAAUCGACUACUCUUACUUCGCGUCGGACUGUUUCCAUCACAGCAAGAAGGGGCAAGAGGCGACAGGAGGAGCCCUAUGGAACAAUAUGGUGGAGCCUGUGGGAGAGAAACGGCUGAACUGGAUGCCAGAGGAGCCUCUGGAAUGUCCUACAGAAGACUCCCCGUAUCUAUACACGGCUAAAAAUAGCCCGUCAAUGAAGGUGGUUGGUAGCCAGUAGAACCAGACAUUCAAGCGGUAGAAUGCAAACAACGCUGUGUAGAGUAAGCGGGUAUUGAGGACUUCUUCGAAUCCUAUUACACUUUGUUGCUAAGUG